GUUCAAUUCAAUUUAGUUAAGUACUAUUCAAUUCAGUUCAAUUCAGCUCAAUUCAAUUAGUUAAAUUAUUUUAUGUCGAAGAGAACAUGUCCUCACCUCUCAUUUUGUAACAAAAAAAAAAAAAAAACAUUCCCUUUGAUCAUAUUCUGCGUCCUAGAAAAUCUUUGGGAGCGAUACAUAACUUACCAGUUUUCUUUCAUCAAAAGGAAAAGAAAAUCAAAACUGAAGUAUCUCCCAAUCUGUCACUAUUAUCAGCAGCAAUCAAAAAUCAAAAUUAGGGUUUAUGGAUUUCCAUAAAGUGACUUGCUGCACAUAAACCAUGGAAUUCAAAUGUAGGAAAUUUUAAAGCUUCGAACUUUUUGGACAAGGGUGUUGUUAUGGAGAGAGAAAAUGUAGAAAUCUAUGGAAGAAAAGAGAGAACAUUGAAGCGAAAAGAGAUUUUAGAGAAGAAGAAAGUUACUGAUGGGCUUAUUAAAGCUGCUUCUUCCCUCAAAGACCCUCUUGCACUUUUUCCAGAUUUUCUCCAUUAUAAUCAGCAAGGUCUCUCUUUGUGCUUGGAGGGAGGACAUGGUGACAAGCUAUCACGUUCCUUGAAGCAGUAUGUUCAGAAGCUACUCAAGCUAAACAUGGAGCGACACUAUGGAACUGAGUGGCCCACAGAAGAAAAGGUGAAAUAUAGAGAAAUGGUUGCGCCAGAGGCACACUACAUAUUCGUAUAUGAAGUUCCAACUCUAACUAGCAAUAAGGAGAAGAGAUUAACGCCUACAAUUGAGCACAAGGGUGAUGUUGCUGGAUUUGUGCACUAUCGUUUUAUACUGGAGGAGGAGCUUCCAGUUCUCUAUGUAUAUGAGUUGCAACUUGAGCAGCGGAUACAAGGAAAAGGACUUGGAAAGUUCCUGAUGCAACUUCUAGAGCUUAUUGCUCAUAAGAAUUGUAUGGCUGCUAUAUUGCUUACAGUUCAAAAGUCAAACUUAUCGGCUAUGUUUUUCUACACCAGUAAAUUGGGGUAUUGUAUAUCAAGUAUUUCGCCAUCAAGAGUAGAUCCAAAGGUAGGAUUAGGAAAGAAUUAUGAGAUCCUGUGUAAAGCGUUUGAUCAAGAAGCAAAAACUAAUCUAGAGAUUACCUUUUCUAUUGCCAAAUCGGUUUGGCGAAACGAGUGCUGCGGUAUGCCUCAUCUCUCCUGGAAGGGGUUGGGUGGAAUUACUAUACAAGGUCAUUCUGAUCACUGUUAAUUGUCAUAUCCAUCUAUCCUGCUCUUUAUGAACCCCACAGCACCAUUACCUAUUGCAAUCUAUCUUUUUUGAGUACAAUUUUUUAGGUGUUCUUGAGAACACAAAACAUGCGCAGAGGGUGGGAGGCAGGAGCAGAUCUUGUAUAGUAAUUCGCUGUGUUUUCUCAAAAUGGCAAAUCUUUUACGAAUGAGUUCAAUAAUUCGCCGUGGUCUCAAAAUGACCAUUUCUGGCCUUCUGCUGCAGUAAACUGGUACGAAAUCGAGUUUCCUCGUUAAAAGUGACGAUGGCGGCAUGUUCUAUUGCAAACGAUUGCACCAGGUUGUGACGAACUUAUAUUGAAGUUUCGAAGAAGUUGAUAUUGAGCCACUUGUGUCAAUGAACUGAAGUACUACCUAUUUUCCAUUCUCCAUAUUGUUUUGUGUAUUGUACACGGUUUUGAAUGGUUGAACUAGGUAAGUUAUUACGUUAAACUAUGUGCUUUACAACCUGGGAUUUUGAUUAUCUUAAGGUAAUGUCCAUUUAACUUUAUAAUUAGUGGUAAUAGAAGUCUGUGUCUUCAUUCUA